UAUCCAGUGCUCUUCGAUCGGGACCAAAUGGCUCGCGGCCAGCUGAGAGUGCUGCACGCUCUGGAUGUGGCCCGGACACAGCUCUACCACUUCAUGGCGAUCGUCAUCGCCGGCAUGGGCUUCUUCACGGACGCCUACGACUUCUUCGCCAUCUCCCUCGUCACCGACCUCAUCGGCUACCAGUACUACCAGGGACAUACUCCUCGCGGCGUUUCCGCCGCCAUCAACGGUAUCGCCCUGUGCGGCGCCGUCCCGGGGCAGCUCGUCUUCGGCUGGCUCGGCGACAAGAUGGGCCGCAAGCGCAUCUACGGCGUCACGCUCGUCCUCAUGGUGGUCACCUCCCUCGCAUCCGGCCUCUCCUUCAGCAAGCGCGUGGGGAAGAACGUGGUCACCGUGCUCUGCUUCUUCCGUUUCUGGCUCGGCGUCAGCAUCGGCGGCGACUACCCGCUCUCGGCGACCAUCAUGUCGGAGUACGCCAACCAGAGGAGACGCGGCGCCUUCAUCGCCGCUGUUUUCGCCAUGCAGGGUUUUGGAAAUCUUGCAGCCGGAAUCGUUGGAAUGGUGGUGUCAGCCGCCUUCCUGAACAGUGAUACAUCCAACGCCGACUUCGUCUGGCGAAUAGUCCUCAUGUUCGGCGCCGUUCCGGCUGCCCUCACCUACUGCUGGCGCAUGAAGAUGCCCGAGACGGCACGAUACACCGCCCUCGUGGGCAAGGACGCCAAGAAGGCAGCCUCCGACAUGUCGUCCGUCCUCAAUAUGGACAUCCCGGAGGACGAAGCUGUCAAACAGCUCGCGCGACAGGACCAAUACGGUCUAUUUUCGGCGGAGUUCGUCCGCCGCCAUGGCAUCCACCUCCUGGGCACCAGCGUGUGCUGGCUCGCUCUCGACGUCACCUUCUACUCGCUGAACCUGUUCAUGAAGGAUAUCUUCAGCAACGUAGGGCUGAUCGGAACUCGGGAUGGAGACAACCCGUUCAAGCGGAUGAUCAAUGUAACCGCGCUGCACACGGUGAUCGCGCUCUGCGGGACAUUGCCAGGUUACUUCUUCACUGUCGCGUUUGUGGACCGCUUCGGCCGUGUCAGGAUUCAACUGCUCGGAUUCACCAUGAUGUCCGUCUUCAUAGUCUGCCUUGCUGUUCCUUAUGAUCAGUACUGGACUAAACAUAAGUAUGGCUUUGCUGUCAUGUAUGGCAUGACCACCUUCUUCGCCAACUUCGGUCCCAACACCACCACUUUCAUCAUUCCGGCAGAAAUCUUCCCUGCCGGGCUACGCUCGACGUGCCACGGCAUAUCCGGGGCGUUUGGGAAGAUCGGCGCCAUCAUCGGUGUGUUACUGUUUGGCUUCCUGCACGCGGAGAAACACGUCAGAAGCAUGCUGUUCGUGCUUGUUGGGUGCAACCUUGUCGGACUUGUCUUCACCCUCCUCUUGCCGGAGUCCAAGGGGAUGGUGCUAGAGCAGAUCACCGGAGAGAUGGAAGAACAGCAGCCGCAACAGGACGCUGCAGCAGUUGCUGCGGCCGAGUGCAUACAAGCGGUGCCUGUUUAGUCUUAGUUAUAAUGUAAGUAGGUUUAUGUAUGGUGCGCUACCUCCUUUUUUAUGGCA